AUGUCCUUCAGCUCUCGACUAGCCAAAGUCAGCUACAGGAGCAGACCCAGCCAGCUGUCUUUGCCAGGGGAGUCUUACAAGGAGCUGCAGCAAAAGUUGAAAGAGGAGCGUGAAGCCAAGCGGGCCCAGCUGGAUGGAAGACAUGACUAUGUGCUCAGCAUCGUGGCUUCAUGCCUGGGACUGGAGAAAGCAGAUGUGGAGGAUGCCAUCCUUGAAGGGAAUCAGAUUGACCGCAUGGAGCAGUUCUUUGUGGCUGAGGGUCUUCCACACCUCAUGUUCUACUAUCAGGACACAGAGCCUCCUGAAGCAGCAGCAGCAGCGGCCUCUGCACCCUCUCAGCCUGUUGCCCAUCGGUCUGGCCACAACAAAAAGCCUAAAGUAUUUGUGACAGAUGGAAAGGAUGUGGCUCUGACUGGAGUAUGUGUGUUUUUCACCAGAGCCAACACUUUCAAGACGAUUACCUCUGAGAACAUACACAGAGAUGUAAAUUUUAACAUGUUGGACACAGCAGAGGGGGGUCUUUUAAAGAGUGUGGAGCAGUUACUCUCAGACAUCUUCAUUCCCACGCUGAGGAAGAUGAACCAUGGUUGGGGAGAACUGGACAGUCCUCAGGCCAAGGUGGUCAAACAAGACUUCAUAGCAUCAUUGGAAAGCUUUGUUGCUGUUCUGGUUGGAGCUCAGGAGAGUCUGCAAGAAAAGGUAACCCUGACAGAGUGUGAAACCUUUGACCUGCGGGCACUUAAAACACCCUCAGACUACAUGACGGUAGCAAACAGCUCAGAGACCACAGAGAAGAUAGAGGCCUGCAUGAAGAUAUGGAUCAAACAGAUAGAACAGGUUCUUGCUGAAAGUGAUCAGCUUAGAAAAGCUGAUGACCUUGGUCCUCGAGCUGAAUUGGAGCACUGGAAAAGACGAAUGUCACGUUUUAAUUACCUACUGGACCAGCUCAAGAGCCCUGGUGUCAAGGCUGUACUUGGUGUGCUCUUGUUGGCCAAAUCCAAACUCAUUAAGUCAUGGCGGGAACUGGAUGCCAGGAUUACUGAUGCAGCCAACGAGGCUAAAGACAAUGUCAAGUACCUCUACAGUCUGGAGAAGUUUUGUGACCCUCUCUACAACAGCGACCCUGUAUCAAUGGUGGAUGCAAUCCCUGGUCUGAUCAAUGCCAUCAGGAUGAUUCACAGUAUUUCUCGCUACUACAACACAUCAGAAAAGAUUACACUGCUUUUUGAUAAGGUGACAAACCAGAUGAUCACUGCCUGCAAGGCCUACAUCACCAAUAAUGGCUCAAAUUCAAUAUGGGACCAGCCUCAGGAGGUGGUUGUUGACAAAAUUAAAGCUGCCAUCCACCUUAACCAGGAGUACCAGAGAUAUUUCCGCAAAACCAAGGAGAAGCUGGAGAAAACUCCUACAGAGAGGCAGUUUGACUUUGGUGAAGUUUACAUUUUUGGGAAGUUUGACACAUUUCAGCGGCGUCUUAACAAGAUCCUGGAAAUGUUCAGUACCAUCUCCACCUAUUCAUCCCUGCAGGACUCAAAGAUAGAAGGACUGGAGACGAUGGCCACUAGGUUUCAAGCUAUUGUGCUGAACAUGAAGAAAAAACACUACAGUUUCCUAGACCAGAGGCGAACUGACUUUGACAUUGACUAUGAGGAAUUCUGCAAAAGCACUGCUGAGCUUCAUAGCCAGCUGAAGGGUUUCAUGGAUAGCACAUUUGAAACGAUUCAAAAUACAGAGAGAGCUCUAAAUGUGCUGCAGAAAUUUGAAAGACUAGGCAUUCCAGACCUUGGCAUUGACGAAACUUAUCAGCGUAUUCUGCAGAACUAUGGCCGGGACAUUGAAAUGGUCUCCCGCAUCUACAUGAAACAGAAAUUGGACCCCCCCAUUGGCCGGGACAUGCCCCCUGUGUCAGGACGUAUCAUGUGGACUCGACAGCUGUAUAGCAGGAUCCAGGGUCCCAUGGAUCUCUUUCAGAAGCAACCAGGAGUUCUUUCCACACUGGAGGCCAAGAGAAUCAUCAAGAAUUAUAACAGAGUAGCAAGAGUCCUGCUGGAAUACGAGAUGCUUUAUCAUCACAGCUGGAUGACGAAGAUGGAGGAUGCCCGGGUGGGCCUGCAGGCCUCUCUUCUGGUCAGGUCUCCGCAGACAAAGGAGCUGUUCGUCAACUUUGACCCAGAGAUUCUGACCCAGAUCAGAGAGGCAAACUGCAUGACCAGGAUGAAUUUGGACAUCCCACCUUUUGCUGCUCUUUUGCAGCAGAAACAGGAAACCCUCAAAAAGAACUACAACAAAUUACAGCUAAUGUUGAGUGAGAACACCAGAGUGCGGGCCAAGAUUCAGAGUGCCUUUGAGCAACUAGCCAUGCCACACGUAGCAAAGGUGGAUGAGGCGAUACAACCAGGUUUAACAUCCCUCAACUGGACAUCUCUGAACAUUGAUAAGUACCUCUGCUGCAUCGACAAGGCUUUAGCCGACCUGGAGCUGUUGAUGGACAGGGUGAACGACUUGGUGGAAUUUAGGAUUGAUGCAGUGCUGCAGGAGAUGAGUGAAUCCACUCUGUGCAUUUUACCAGAGGAUGAACCUGUCACUUGUGAGGAGUUUGUUCAGACCACCAAGGACUUAUGCAUAAGACAAGCCCAGAGUCUCCACACCAAGAGCUUACUGGUGGAAGAGGCUGCAAAUGAACUGAUCAACAUGCUGCUGGAGUUUGACCACAAUCAGAAAGGAGAGGUGGAAAAGACUGAAGAAGAAAGCUGUGCUGAGAGCAAGACAUUAGAUCACAUUGACAGUGAAGGUGACGAUGAAGGCCGCUCCGAGGGCCGUCUCUUCUCUAGAAACACCCUGAUUCCGCCUGCCAGCGUUGGACCUUCCUCUCCCUUGAUGAGAAAGAAGAAGAAGAGAGACCUGAUGGAGGUGAUGGAGGAGGAAGCCCAACAGCUUCUCUCCCACUUCAACCACCGCAAUGUUGAUGCUUUGCUCAGAUUGACACGCAACACCCUGGAGAUGUUACGCAAGCGCAUCCACACCUCCUCACUUGUGCAUUUCUUGGCUGAGGGCGACUCAUCCAGAUUUGGCAGAAGUAUCGGUCAUCAGGCAAUCUUCAAAGUCAAUGUGACUCUCUCCAUCCCUAACAUUGCUAUGGUUCCAGCGCUUGAGGAGGUUCAACAGGCUCUAAAUAGAGCAGUAGAGUGCAUAGUCAGUGUCAGCAAAGGAGUCAGCCAGUGGAGCAAGGAAAGGAUCUCAAAGAAAAAAAUGAAUGAAAGACGUAUUGCAGCGCUGAAACAGGAAAGCUCCGAGAGUGAAUCAGAAGAUGGAGCUACAACAUACAGAAGCCUGGCUGAUGGCAGCACUUCAGACAUUUCAGCAUCUGUGAUCCAAGCCAUCCCAUUUCAAGCUAGAAACUACUACAAGAGCGUGGCUGACAACAAGGAGAUCGCCAAGCUGGUGUCUGUUCUUAGCACCUCCAUCAGCUCCACCAAAAAGGAGGUGCUGACCGCUCUGAACCGUUUCAGCCGCUACCAUGACAUCUGGAGAAAAGACCGUGAUGACACUAUGCGGAAAUUCAUUCAGGGCAGCCCCUUACUGUCAGAGUUUGAAAGCCAGAUCCUUUUUUAUCGAGACCUGGAGCUGGAAAUAAACUCUGAACCAGAGUACAUCACUGUAGGAGCUUUGGCUCUUUUCACAGCUGACCUGAAAAUAUCCCUCACAGCUGAAACCAAGAACUGGAUGGUUGACUACGGACUGUACUGUAACAGGAAGUACCGCUCAGAGAUGGAGCAGAUCUUUGCCUUUGUUGAUGAAGCAGGAAAGAAAUUGAAUCGGCAGAUCAAAGAUCUGGAUGACAUCCGCAUCACCAUGGCAGCACUAAAGGAGAUCAGAGAACAUCAAAUAUCCAUUGAUUUUCAAGUUGGUCCCAUAGAGGAGUCCUAUGCCAUGCUACAUAAAUAUCAGCUGUCAGUAGCAAAAGAGGAGGCAGAGAAAGUGGAUACUCUGCGCUACACAUGGGAGAAGCUGCUGUCAAGGAGCGCAGAGGUGCAGAAUGAGCUGGUGGCCUUGCAGCCCAACUUCAGAGGGGAGCUCAUCAGCAAUGUGGAGACCUUCCUGGAAGACUGUCAACACUUUUACCAGGACUAUGAGAAGGAUGGUCCCAUGGCUUCUGGACUUGCUCCUCAGGAUGCCAGUGAUAGACUCAUCAUGUUCCAGAACCGAUUUGACAACCUCUUCAGGAAAUACAUCACAUACACAGGUGGAGAAGAAUUGUUUGGACUUCCUGUUACCCAGCAUCCUCAGCUGUUGGAGAUCAGAAAGCAGCUGACUCUGCUGCAGAAGUUGUAUGGUCUUUACAACAAUGUCAUCGAAACAGUCAAUGGCUACUAUGACAUCCUCUGGGCUGACAUCCACAUCGAGAAAAUAAAUAAUGAGCUUCUGGACUUUCAGACAAGAUGUCGCAAACUGCCUCGUGCUCUGAAAGAGUGGCAGGCUUUCCUGGACCUGAAGAAGACAAUAGAUGAAUUCAGUGAGUGCUGCCCCCUGCUGGAGCUCAUGACAAACAAGGCCAUGAUGACUCGCCACUGGAAGAGAAUAACAGAGGUCACCGGGCAUACCUUUGAGGUGGAAAGUGAUACAUUCAAAUUACGUAACAUCAUGGAGGCUCCUCUGCUCAAGUUUAAAGAAGAAAUUGAGGAUAUCUGUAUCAGUGCAGUGAAAGAGCGGGAUAUUGAGCAGAAGCUGAAGCAGGUGAUUGCUGAGUGGGACAACAAGACAUUUACAUUUGCCAACUUUAAGACUCGUGGAGAGCUGCUACUGAGAGGAGACAGCACAUCAGAGAUCAUCACCAGCAUGGAGGACAGCCUGAUGAUGCUGGGGUCUCUUAUGAGCAACAGGUACAACACCCCGUUUAAAUCCCAGAUCCAGAAGUGGGUUCAGAAUCUUUCCAACACAACUGACAUUAUAGAAAACUGGAUGACUGUCCAAAACCUCUGGAUCUACCUGGAGGCUGUGUUUGUGGGUGGAGACAUCGCUAAACAGCUGCCUAAGGAAGCAAAGCGGUUCUCUAACAUUGACAAAUCCUGGGUGAAGAUCAUGAUGCGAGCCCAUGAGAUGCCCAAUGUAGUACAGUCAUGUGUGGGAGAUGAGACUAUGGGACAGCUGCUCCCUCACCUCCUUGAACAGCUUGAGAUCUGUCAGAAGUCACUUACAGGCUACCUGGAGAAGAAGCGUCUGCUGUUCCCUCGUUUUUUCUUUGUGUCGGAUCCAGCUCUGUUGGAGAUCCUCGGUCAGGCCUCUGACUCCCACACUAUCCAGGCUCAUCUUCUCAAUGUCUUCGACAACAUCAAAUGUGUCAAGUUUCAUGAAAAGAUAUAUGAUCGUAUUCUGGCGGUGUCAUCUCGAGAGGGGGAGACUGUGGAGCUGGAACGUCCCGUCAUAGCAGAGGGAAAUGUGGAGGUUUGGCUCAAUGCUCUGCUUAACGAAUCCCAGAGAUCUUUGCACCUGGUUAUCCGACAGGCUGCCCUGGCAAUCCAAGACUCUGGAUUCCAGCUCAUCGACUUCCUGAACUCUUUCCCGGCUCAGGUGGGCUUGCUUGGUAUUCAGAUGAUAUGGACGAGGGACUCUGAAGAGGCUCUGAGCAAUGCCAGAUAUGAUCGUCGUAUUAUGGCAAAAACCAACCAACUGUUCCUAGAUCUCCUCAACACAUUGAUUGACAUGACCACCAGAGACCUGGAGACUGUGGAGAGGACAAAAUAUGAGACCCUCAUCACUAUCCAUGUCCACCAGAGGGACAUAUUUGAUGACUUGUGCCGACUCCAUGUCAAAAGCCCCAACGACUUUGAGUGGCUGAAGCAGUGUCGUUUCUACUUCAAUGAGGACGCAGACAAGAUGAUCAUCAACAUCACGGAUGUGGGCUUUGUGUACCAGAAUGAAUUCUUGGGAUGCACUGAAAGACUUGUCAUUACGCCAUUGACUGACAGGUGCUACAUCACCCUGGCCCAAGCUCUAGGUAUGAGUAUGGGUGGAGCCCCUGCUGGUCCUGCUGGAACAGGUAAGACAGAAACUACAAAAGACAUGGGCCGCUGUCUCGGGAAGUAUGUUGUGGUCUUCAACUGCUCUGAUCAGAUGGACUUCAGAGGACUUGGAAGAAUAUUCAAAGGUCUGGCUCAGUCUGGUUCUUGGGGCUGUUUUGAUGAGUUCAACCGCAUUGACCUCCCAGUGUUGUCGGUGGCAGCGCAGCAGAUUGCAAUAGUUCUCACCUGCAAGAAAGAACGCCGCAAAAACUUUGUCUUCACUGAUGGAGACAAUGUGGAUAUGAACCCAGAGUUUGGCAUCUUCCUCACCAUGAAUCCAGGCUAUGCAGGUCGUCAAGAGCUUCCUGAAAACCUGAAAAUAAACUUUCGCUCUGUGGCCAUGAUGGUUCCUGACCGUCAGAUUAUCAUCAGAGUUAAACUGGCCAGUUGUGGGUUCAUAGACAACAUAGAGCUGGCCCGCAAGUUCUUUACACUUUACAAGCUGUGUGAGGAGCAACUCUCCAAACAGGUUCACUAUGACUUCGGCCUACGAAACAUCCUGUCGGUGCUUCGAACACUUGGAGCAGCCAAGAGAGCCAACCCUAGUGACACAGAGUCCACCAUUGUUAUGAGGGUCCUUAGAGACAUGAACUUAUCUAAACUGAUCGAUGAAGAUGAGCCACUCUUCCUGAGCUUGAUUGAGGAUCUCUUCCCCGGCAUCCAACUUGACAAAGCUGGCUACCCCGAACUGGAGGCUGCCAUCGACAGACAGGUUGAAGAUGCUGGCCUGAUCAGUCACCCUCCCUGGAAGCUUAAGGUCAUCCAGCUGUUUGAGACACAGAGGGUCCGGCAUGGCAUGAUGGCUCUGGGGCCCAGUGGAGCCGGAAAGACAACCUGUAUACACACACUGAUGAGAGCUAUGACAGAGUGUGGUCAGCCUCACAAAGAGAUGCGCAUGAACCCCAAAGCUAUCACAGCCCCUCAGAUGUUUGGUAGACUUGACGUGGCCACAAAUGACUGGACUGAUGGCAUCUUCUCGACUCUUUGGAGAAAAACACUGAGAGCAAAGAAAGGAGAGCACAUCUGGAUCGUCCUGGAUGGACCAGUCGAUGCCAUCUGGAUUGAGAACCUGAACUCUGUUUUGGAUGACAACAGAACUCUUACUCUGGCAAAUGGAGACCGCAUACCAAUGGCUCCUAACUGUAAAGUCGUUUUUGAGCCACACAACAUUGACAAUGCCUCUCCAGCUACUGUCUCACGUAACGGCAUGGUGUUCAUGAGCUCCUCAGUGCUUAAUUGGAGUCCAAUACUUGAGGCCUGGUUGAUGAAACGCUCCCCUCAGGAAGCCGAGACGCUGCGGGAACUUUUCUCAUCUUCAUUUUCUGAGCUCUUCCGCUUCAGUAUGCAGUCACUUGAGUUUAAGAUGGACAUGCUAGAAGCAUUUGUCAUCAUGCAAUGCAUUAACAUGCUGCAGGGGCUAAUACCACCAAAGGAACACUAUGGUGAGUUAUCCAGAGAGCACCUGGAGCGGUUGUACGUCUUUGCCCUGAUGUGGAGCAAUGGAGCCUUACUUGAAUUAGAUGAUCGCAGAAAGAUGGAGGUCUGGCUCAGAGGGAACAGCAGUAUCUGUCUGAAUCUGCCAAAUAUUUCUCCUGAGAGUGAGGACACCAUGUUUGACUACCAUGUCACAGCAGAUGGUCAGUGGGUCCACUGGAACACCAGGGUGGAGGAGUAUGUUUAUCCAUCUGAAAUAACCCCAGAAUACAGCUCCAUCCUGGUCCCCAAUGUGGACAAUGUUAGAACAGACUUCUUGAUUCAGACCAUCGCCAAGCAGGGCAAGGCUGUUCUGCUGAUUGGAGAGCAGGGAACUGCCAAGACUGUCAUCAUCAAAGGCUACAUGUCAAAAUAUGAUCCUGAGACCCACAUAGGCAAGAGCCUCAACUUCUCCUCUGCCACCACACCUCUCAUGUUCCAGAGGACAGUGGAGAGCUAUGUGGAUAAGAGGAUGGGAACCACUUAUGGCCCUCCUGCUGGGAAGAAAAUGUCCAUUUUUAUUGAUGAUAUAAACAUGCCUGUCAUCAAUGAAUGGGGAGACCAGGUAACUAAUGAGAUUGUCAGACAGCUGAUGGAGCAAAAUGGUUUCUAUAAUCUGGAGAAACCGGGAGAGUUCACCAAUAUUGUAGAUAUCCAGUUUCUGGCGGCUAUGAUCCAUCCAGGAGGAGGCAGAAAUGAUAUCCCACAGAGACUGAAAAGGCAGUUCUCCAUCUUUAACUGCACCCUGCCUUCUAAUACCUCCAUUGACAAGAUAUUUGGUGUGAUUGGUGAGGGUCACUUCUGUGCACGCCGAGGUUUCUCUCCUGAAGUUCGAAACACCAUACCCCGCUUGGUGUCUCUGACCCGCCAUCUCUGGCAGUUGACGAAGACGAAGAUGCUUCCAACUCCUGCAAAGUUUCACUACAUCUUCAACCUGAGGGAUUUAUCAAGGAUAUGGCAAGGCAUGCUCUACACUAACGCUGAGGUGAUCAACUCUGUCCAGGUGCUACUGGAGUUGUGGAAGCACGAGUGCAAACGUGUGAUAGCUGACCGAUUCACCAUGCCUGAAGACGUGGAGUGGUUCGAUCAGGCCUUGGCAAAGCUAGUCAACGAGGAACUCGGAGUAAAAUACAAGAAUCUUGUUGAUGUUGGACAAGAUAGAUACUUUGUUGACUUUCUACGAGACGCCCCUGAAGCUACAGGAGAAGAGCCUGAAGAUUCAGACUUUGAUUUGCCAAAAGUGUACGAGCCUACAGAGUCAUUUGAGAGUUUGAAGGAGCGUCUGAACAUGUUUCUGAGCCACUACAAUGAGAGCAUCAGGGGGAUGGGCAUGGACAUGGUCUUCUUUCAGGACGCCAUGAUCCAUCUUGUUAAGGUUUCAAGGAUAAUUCGGACACCUGGAGGAAAUGCACUGUUGGUUGGUGUUGGGGGGUCAGGUAAACAGAGCCUGACCAGACUGGCAUCAUUCAUAGCUGGAUACAAGAUCUUCCAGAUAACUCUGACACGCACGUACAACACAGCCAACCUGAUGGAUGACCUGAAGGGUUUGUACAGAACAGCUGGCCAACAAGGAAAAGGCAUCAGCUUCAUCUUUACUGACAACGAAAUCAAAGACGAGCCCUUCCUUGAAUACAUGAAUAACGUCCUGUCAUCUGGAGAGGUGUCCAACCUAUUUGCCCGUGAUGAGAUCGAUGAGAUCCUGAGCGAUCUCAUUCCUGUUAUGAAGCGGGAGUUUCCCAGGCGACUACCGACCAAUGAAAACCUGUACGAGUACUUUAUGUCACGAGUCCGACACAAUCUCCACGUUGUUCUGUGCUUCUCACCUGUCGGAGAAAAGUUCCGUAAUAGAGCACUUAAGUUCCCGGCACUGAUAUCUGGAUGCACCAUGGACUGGUUCAGCAGGUGGCCUAAAGAUGCUCUUGUUGCAGUGUCAGAGCAUUUUCUCUCAGUCUAUGACAUUGAGUGCUCAGCUCAGGUUAAAAACGAGGUCGUCCAGUGUAUGGGUUCCUUCCAGGAUGGUGUAGCAGAGAAAUGUGUGGACUACUUCCAGAGAUACAGACGCUCCACUCAUGUCACCCCAAAGUCCUACCUCUCCUUCAUCCAGGGCUACAAGAGCAUCUAUAAAGAGAAGCGCUCUGAAGUUCAGAUGCUGGCUAACAGGAUGAACACUGGUCUCCAAAAGCUUAAAGAAGCAUCAGAGUCUGUAGCAGCGCUCAGCAAAGAGUUGGAGGUGAAAGAGAAGGAGCUUCAGGUUGCCAAUGAUAAGGCUGAUAUGGUGUUGAAGGAGGUCACUGUUAAAGCCCAGGCAGCAGAGAGAGUGAAGGUUGAGGUGCAGAAAGUGAAAGACAAGGCACAGGCCAUUGUAGACAGCAUCUCAGCUGACAAGGCCAUCGCUGAGGAGAAACUCGAGGCUGCACGGCCAGCUCUGGAGGAAGCAGAGGCCGCACUACAGACAAUCAAGCCAUCUGAUAUUGCCACUGUUCGAACACUCGGCCGCCCCCCUCACCUCAUCAUGCGGAUCAUGGACUGCGUGCUGCUCCUCUUCCAGAGGCGGGUCAACACAGUGAAGAUCGACCCAGAGAAGAACUGUAAUACGCCAUCCUGGCAGGAGUCCCUCAAGCUAAUGACAGCAGGAAACUUCUUAGGAAGUCUGCAGCAAUUCCCCAAAGACACCAUUAAUGAGGAAAUGGUGGAGCUGCUGCAGCCUUAUUUUGACAUGCCCGACUACAACAUUGAGACAGCCAAGAGGGUUUGUGGCAAUGUGGCCGGCCUUGCAUCAUGGACAAAAGCUAUGGCCUCUUUCUUCUCCAUCAACAAGGAAGUCUUACCCUUGAAGGCAAACUUGGCAGUGCAACAGAAUCGUCUGGCCAUCGCUAACGUGGACCUUCAGAAAGCUCAGGCUGAGCUGGAUGCCAAACAGGCAGAGCUGGAUGUGGUUCAAGGGGAGUAUGAGAAGGCCAUGAUGGAAAAACAGACGCUGCUGGAGGACGCUGAGCGCUGCAGACACAAGAUGCAGACGGCCUCGAGUCUCAUCAGUGGCCUCGCUGGGGAGAAGGAGAGAUGGACGGAGCAGAGCAAAGAGUUUGCAGCACAAACCAAACGGCUUGUUGGUGAUGUUCUCUUGGCCACAGCGUUCCUCUCUUACUCUGGCCCCUUCAAUCAGGAGUUUCGUAAUCUCCUUCUAAGUGACUGGCAGCGAGAAUUGAAGCAGCGUCACAUCCCAUUUGGAAACAACCUCAACCUGAUCGAGCUGCUCAUUGAUGCACCCACUGUCAGUGAGUGGAACCUACAGGGACUCCCCAGUGAUGACCUGUCUAUUCAGAAUGGCAUCAUCGUGACCAAAGCUGCACGCUUUCCUCUGCUUAUUGACCCCCAGACACAAGGGAAAAUCUGGAUCAAGAACAAAGAGGCCAGAAAUGAGCUGCAGAUCACCUCACUAAACCAUAAGUACUUCAAAAAUCACCUGGAGGACAGUUUGUCUCUUGGGCGCCCCCUUUUGAUUGAGGAUGUGGGGGAGGAGUUGGACCCUGCGCUUGAUAACAUCCUGGAAAAAAACUUCAUCAAGACUGGCUCCACUUACAAGGUGAAACUGGGUGACAAAGAGGUGGAUGUGAUGAAGGGUUUCAGGCUGUAUGUGACCACCAAGCUGCCAAACCCAGCUUACACUCCUGAGAUCAGUGCCCGCACGUCCAUCAUCGACUUCACCGUCACGAUGAGAGGACUGGAGGACCAGCUGCUGGGCAGGGUCAUCCUCACAGAAAAACAGGAACUGGAGAAGGAGAGGACUGAUCUCUUGGAAGAUGUGACAUCUAACAAGAGGAAGAUGAAGGAGCUAGAGGACAACCUCCUCUAUCGACUAACCAGCACACAGGGUUCACUGGUGGAUGACGAGAGUCUGAUUCUUGUUCUUGGCAACACUAAGCGCACAGCUGAAGAGGUCACUCAGAAACUACAGAUUGCUGCAGAGACCGAGGUUCAGAUCAAUGCUGCCAGAGAGGAGUACAGGCCUGUUGCCACUAGGGGCAGCAUCCUGUACUUCCUGAUCACUGAGAUGAGUAUGGUGAACGUCAUGUAUCAGACCUCUCUGAGACAGUUCCUGGGACUUUUUGACCUUUCUCUGGCUAGGUCUUCCAAGAGCCCCAUCACCAGCAAACGUAUUGCCAACAUCAUAGAGUUUAUGACCUUUGAGGUGUAUAAGUAUGCAGCACGGGGCCUGUACGAGGAGCACAAGUUCCUCUUCACUCUGCUGCUAACGCUCAAGAUUGACAUGCAGAGCAACAGGGUCAAGCAUGAGGAGUUCCUCACGCUCAUUAAAGGAGGUGCAUCUCUGGACCUGAAGGCCUGCCCUCAGAAACCAGCUAAAUGGAUCCUUGACAUGACCUGGCUCAACCUUGUAGAGCUCAGCAAACUGUGGCAGUUCUCUGAUAUACUAGAGCAGAUCAAUCGUAAUGAGAAACUGUGGAAGACAUGGUUCGAUAAAGAAGCUCCAGAGGAAGAGGUGAUCCCAAACUCCUAUGACCAGGCUCUGGACUGUUUUAGACGCCUGCUCCUCAUACGCUGCUGGUGCCCUGACAGGACAAUUGCGCAGGCCCGCAAAUAUAUUACGGAUGCAAUGGGCGAGAAAUACACCGAAGGCGUGAUUCUUGACUUGGAGAGGACGUGGGAGGAAUCAGACCCACGAACACCCCUCAUCUGCUUCCUGUCAAUGGGCUCUGAUCCAACUGACUCCAUUAUUGCGCAGGGGAAGAGGCUGAAGAUUGAGACUCGAUAUGUUUCUAUGGGACAAGGACAAGAGGUCCACGCCCGCAAACUCCUGCAGCAGACCAUGGCUAACGGUGGCUGGGCCUUGCUCCAGAAUUGCCACCUGGGCCUGGACUUCAUGGACGAACUAAUGGACACAGUGACAGAGGCAGAAUUUGUCCACGACAGUUUCCGUCUUUGGAUGACCACGGAAGUCCACAAACACUUCCCCAUCACUCUUCUGCAGAUGUCAAUCAAGUUCACUAAUGAACCACCACAGGGUCUCAAGGCGGGGCUAAGGAGGACCUAUGGAGGAAUAAACCAGGACCUUCUUGAUGUCAGUAACAUGGUGCAGUGGAAGCCGAUGCUGUAUGGGGUGGCGUUUCUCCACAGCACAGUUCAGGAGAGGAGGAAAUAUGGGCCACUGGGAUGGAACAUCCCCUAUGAGUUCAACCAGGCCGACUUCAACGCUACUGUCCAAUUUGUCCAGAACCAUCUCGAUGACAUGGACAUUAAAAAGGGUGUGUCGUGGAACACAGUGCGAUACAUGAUCGGCGAGAUUCAGUAUGGCGGUCGUGUGACUGAUGACUACGACAAGCGGUUGUUAAACACCUUUGCUAAAGUGUGGUUCAGCGAGGAGAUGUUUGGACCAACCUUCAACUUCUACAAGGGUUACAGCAUCCCCAAAUGUUCCAGUGUGGACCACUAUUUGACAUACAUCCAGGGUCUGCCAGCGUAUGACACUCCUGAGGUGUUUGGUCUCCACCCGAAUGCUGACAUUACCUAUCAGAGCAAGCUGGCCAAAGACGUACUGGACACUAUCCUCAGCAUUCAGCCCAAAGACAGCUCAUCAGGGGGAGGAGAAACUAGAGAGGCUGUGGUGUCGAGGCUGGCUGACGACAUGCUGGAGAAACUGCCUCCCAACUAUGUGCCUUUUGAAGUGAAAGAGCGCCUCCAGAAGAUGGGUCCUUUCCAGCCCAUGAACAUCUUCCUGCGUCAGGAGAUCGAUCGGAUGCAGAGGGUCAUCGUUCUGGUGAGGAACACGUUGACUGACCUUAAGCUGGCGAUUGAUGGAACCAUCAUCAUGAGUGAGAACCUGCGAGAUGCCCUGGACUGCAUGUAUGAUGCACGUAUUCCUGCACGCUGGAAGAAGGCAUCGUGGGCCUCCAGCACCCUGGGGUUCUGGUUCACAGAGUUGCUCGAGCGAAACCGGCAGUUCCAGUCUUGGAUCUUUGAGGGGCGGCCCAACUGCUUCUGGAUGACAGGCUUCUUCAACCCGCAGGGCUUCCUAACAGCCAUGAGACAGGAGAUCACUCGGGCAAACAAAGGCUGGGCUCUGGACCGCAUGGUGCUUUGCAACGAUGUGACACGGUGGAUGAAGGAUGACAUCACCCAGCCUCCUGCUGAAGGAGUGUAUGUGUACGGCCUCUACCUGGAGGGGGCUGGCUGGGACCGCAGAGGCUGCAAACUUGUUGACUCAAAGCCCAAAGUCCUCUUUGAGAUGAUGCCUGUUAUCAGGAUGUAUGCUGAAAAUAAUGGUGUGAAGGAUUCCCGCCUCUACUCCUGUCCCAUCUACAAGAAGCCGGUGAGGACGGACAUGAAUUACAUCGCAGCUGUAGACCUGAAGACGUCACUUUCUCCAGAACACUGGAUCCUUCGAGGCGUGGCUCUCCUGUGUGACGUCAAGUGAUUGCGUCAAGUUCGGGGGGUUAGCCAUUAUUAAAUUGCUUUCAGCCACUUGCUAAUGUCCUAAAGCAAACAGGACAGGCUGCUGUCACUGAGCCUACAGCAGAUUGUUGGUGAGAGUGUAGUAGGGUCAUGGACAAUGGGACAAAGCUUCUGUAAACAACACUGCUGUUUGCCUCUGGUACAAAAUUUGAUGAGAUCAUGUAGAAGGACAAAGCAGAUUAACAGACGCGCCAACAGUCCAAUCCAGAUUAGAGCCAGGAAGUCAUUUGUCAUUGUUGUGACAGGUAAAAUGGUAGAAAGAGGAUUUACUAAAUUUAACUAUGUUUUAUUUUUACAUGGGAUUGAAGGAAACAUUUAUAGCUGUAGGUCUGCCUUACAUUUCUGAUGCCUCUUUUGCUGCAUUGGACUCUUUUUGAGUUGGAUGACAAGAAAUUCCUUUUUUUUUUUUUUUCAAAGUUUUGCUUUGAGCUCAUUUCUAUUUUACUGCUACGUCAAGUGUGCACUACAUAUAAGGAGAAAUUACCCUCUCAGACCACUUUUUUUUUUUUUUUUCAGAAAAGACAUAUGAAGUUAUUUAGUAUUACUGUUGCUCAG